UGCUUCAACAGAAACGAAAGUGAAACUGAUCCGCUGCUGUUCUGUCUGAGUGCAGCUUUAUUUCCGCCUGUGUGCUUACAGAUCUGCUGACGCUAUACAGAUCUCUGUUCAGGAGUUUUUAUUUUUACACACCUAUUGUUUUUUUUUCUUGUCAGUAAAAAUCAGGUGACUUUCAGACACACCUGUUUUCCACACAGCUUUUACAAGCUGAACCAGGAAGUGUGAGGUGCUGUUAGUGACUGUGUGUGUGUAUGAGUUUAUUUUUCAGUAAAAUGGCAGAAGCGAAUAUUUUAGGACUUCAGGAUCAGUUCAGUUGUCCAAUCUGUCUGGAUCUACUCAAGGAUCCAGUGACUAUUCUGUGUGGACACAGUUUCUGUAUGGUGUGUAUUAAUGGCUGCUGGGAUCAGGAGGAUCAGAAGGGAGUCUAUAGCUGUCCUCAGUGUAGACAAACCUUCACUCCAAGACCUGUUGUGAGUAAAAACACCAUGCUGGCUGAAGUAGUGGAGAUGCUGAAGAAAACAGGACAACAAGCUACACGUCCUGCUCAGUGUUCAGCUGGAUCUGAAGAUGUGGAGUGUGAUUUCUGCACUGGGAGAAAAUCCAAAGCCAUCAAGUCCUGUCUGGUGUGUCUGGCCUCUUUCUGUGAAACUCACCUCCAGCCUCACUAUGAAUCUCCUGCCUUUAAGAAGCACAAACUGGUCGAAGCCUCCAGACGACUCCAGGAGCAGAUCUGCUCUCAGCAUGACAAACUGCUGGAGGUUUACUGUCGCACUGACCAGCAGUGUAUCUGCUCUUUAUGUUUGUUAGAUGAACAUAAAGGACAUGAUACAGUAUCAGCUGCAGCAGGAAGAGCUGAGAAACAGAAGCAGUUGUUGGGUAUACAGGAAAAAUCCAAGCAGAGAAUCCAGGACAGAGAGAAAGAGCUUCAGAAGCUGAUGAAUGCUGUGGAGACUCACAAGCACUCUGCACAAACAGCAGUGCAGGAAACUGAGAGGAUCUUUACUGAGCUGAUCAAAGCCAUUGAGAGAAGAUGUUCUGAGGUGACUGCGCUGAUCAGAGCUCAGGAGAAAGCUGCAGUGAGUCAAGCUGAAGAAGUCAUGACACAACUGGAGCAGGAGAUUGCAGCCCUGAAGAGGAGAGAAGCUGAGAUGAAAGAGCUUUCACACACAGAAGAUCCCAUCCAUUUCCUCCGGAGAUUUCAGUCUGUCUCGGCCACUCCUAGAUCUGCAGUUUUACCCACCGUCAGUUCUCAUCUCACUUUUCAGGAUGUAGUAAAGUCUGUGUCUCAUCUGAGACAGAAAGUAGAAGAAUUCAAUAAAGAGGAGUUUUGGAAAAUAUUACAUGGAGUGAGCUAUGUCUGUAUGUUUCCUCUCCCUGAACCCCAAACCAGAGAAGAUUUUCUAAAAUAUUCAUGUCAGUUGAGACUGGAUCCCAACACAGCUAAUAAACUCCUCUGUCUGUCUGAGGAGAACACGAUGGUGACCUGCAGUACAGUAGCUCAGUCAUAUCCUGAUCAUGCUGAGAGAAGCAGUUGUUGGAGAUGCAGGAAAAAUCCAAGCAGAGAAUCCAGGACAGUGAGAAGGAGCUUCAGAAGCUGAAGAAUGCUCUGGAGACUCACAAGGUGAGUUUGGCAAUAAAAGAACUGUUUCAGCAUUAGUCAUGCUUACCUUUAUUUAUCUAGUCACUGUAUCUGGUGUUCCAGUAAAAGAGGUGGUUAAGAAAGAUGUGUGUUUCCUAACAGCGCUCUGCACAAACAGCAGUGCAGGAAACUAAGAGGAUCUUUACUGAGCUGAUCUUUUACAACCACUCAAGAAAGAAAAUGGCUUUUACGAUUAUUUAAAAAAAAUAUAUGGUUAGCUUGACUAUAAUUGAUUUUAUAUGAUGAGUGUGAAACCUCACUGUACAAAUUUUUGAAUAGCUGCAAAUUACAUAUUUUACAGAUCAUUUAACUGUAAGCAUAAAAACAUGCAUUGGUGGUGGUUGUUCUUUUUCCUGCUCCUGUUAGGGGUCACCACAGUGGAUCAUUGGUCCACAUAUUUGAUUUGGCACAGUUUUUGUGCUGGUUGCCCUUCCUGACGCAACCCUCCCCCGUUUUAUCCAGGCUUGGGACUGGCACUGGGAGUGCACUGUCAUAUGCAACCUCAGUUGAUGGGGUUUGUUCCCUGGCCAGGAAUCAAACCCGGGCCACUGUGGUGAGAGCAUGAUAGAAGUAUCAUGAGAGCACAAUAAAAGUAUCAUGCAUGACCAGACACACGAUUAAAAUGCAGAUCGUUUUUAAAAUACGGGAAGCACAGGUGUGUUAUUGAUGUAUACAGUAUAUCGGUGUGUAUUCUGUUUGAUCUGCUGGUCUGGCCUCCUAUUUAAUGCUCAAUCUCCUCAUAAGUAAGAGCAUCAAAAGACUUUUACAAGAUCGGGUCAACAUUAUUAGUGUCUGCAAUGUCAUGCUAAAAGCAGCUAAGCUGCCAACUAGCUAAAUACUGUAAAUUUCACUGAAAAAGUGAGUGGGACCUAGCUAUCUGGACCUAUAAAUAAUAAAAUGCAUCACAUAGUUGAUUUGGCCACACUUAAUGUUUUUGCUAUCUCUCUUGUCAUAUCUGUACUGAAAUCAGCAUCUAACUACAUUUCCAAAAUUGCCUCAUUGCCUCUACAAACAUGGCUGCCAUGAACUAAACGCACAUCACCGCCUACAGACAUCGCCGCCUUGAACUCUAACCCCAAUUAUGUAAAUUCACUAACACGUUCCCAAUCACCUGCCUACUUAUCUCACACACAGCUGGACCCAAUCACCAUUCACCUCUACAUAAACACUAACCUUGAACUUGUGAUCUUUACCUAUGUGACUGUGUUGGUGAUGGUGGAAUGAUGAACACUGCGAGUCGGGUGGGUGGUCACUCAAGGCUUCUUUUUAUUGUCCUGGGAUAAACAGGACCAUAUGUUGAUUAGAUUGCAGAUCACUGAUGAUGCAUGACAGUCAGCAGCGAGUCAUCGUGAAACUGCUGCCGAUUACGUUUUCUUAAAGUGAUCGUGAACAAAUAGUGGACAAAAAAUCUGACAAAAAUAUAAAACAGUAUCUUUUCUUCACAAUUCUCAUUAAAUCACAUUAAUGUAGUGAAACUAUAAACUCAAGUGACUAAUAUUUUACAUAUUUUUGUAUAAAAGAAAAACAGAAAGGGAAAACACAACUCUUGAAUGACGCAACACAUAGUUCAGCACGUGCGAGUGUGCAGCACGUGUGCUCAUGCUAGCGGCUAACGAUUUACACACAGAACACGACAAAAACCGGAUAAAACACAUACCUGGGAUAAACAGGACCAUAUAUUGAUUAGAUUGCAGAUCAUUGAUGAUGCAUGACAGUCUUAAAUGAAAUAAACAGAGUGUCAGUGCUUACAAGCAGGCCAAUACACACACACCUCGUUUUAUCGUCACAAAUAACACAUAUUUGAUUCUACUAGCAGGACUAGGAGCUGACAGACAGAACUAGUAAAAUUGUGUGUCAUAUAAAAGUUCAGCUUUGCCCUUAAAAACAAUUCAAACUUAGUUAAUAAGACAGAGCGAUCAUCAAUGCAGCUUACCAGCAGCGAGUCAUCGUGAAACUGCUGCCGAUUACGUAGCACCACCCACUAAUAUAAUGAACGGGAAUAGAAGCAGUGCACAACCAAUGGCGAGUUUUCCCAAUUUAUGCAUGAAUUUAACUAACAUUAUUUAAACUCCGUUACACAUACCAAGCCUUUUGUUACUGUGUUUAUUGUCCUGGUCCUGACUGUUUUUCUAUUUUCUGUCAUUCCUACACUGUUUACCCAUUUGGGUACAAAUGCCCUCAAAUUAAAGCUAAAUGUCUGCACUUUGAGAACAUUCAUAACUGUCAGCAUAGAAAUAUUUAUUGAUCUGACUGUAUUUACAAUAUGUACCAAUCACAAAGAUAAAAUAAGUUAUACUGGUUGUGUAAAUGUCAGGAAUUGGAGGUGGAUGCAAAUGCAGGUAAUUUAUUAUGGAAAGUGCAAACAAAAAGGUGAAAACAAGAAACAUCAACAUGAAUUAUGAAUGUGAGGCAGGAAACAUACAGACUAUAUGCAAUACCAGGUUGUUGGAGAUGCAGGGAAAAUCCAAGCAGAGAAUCCGAGAGCGAGAAGGAUCUUUGGAAGCUGAUGAAAGCUGUGGAAUCUCACAAGGUAGUUUGGAGAAGAAAAACAUCUUGUUGCUGGUAGAGCUGUUUCAGGAGUCAGACUCUUCUCUUGUCAGCUAGUCACUGUCUCACUGUCUGGGCUUUUAAGAGAGCUGAAUGAGGAAGACUUCUUUUUGUGACUCCUAACAACGCUCUGCACAAACGGCAGUGGAGGAAACAGAGAGGCUCUUUACUGAGCUGAUUAAAUUCAUUGAGAAAAGAUGCUCUGAACUGACAGAGCUGACCAGAGCUCAGGAGAAAGCUGCAGUGAGUCGAGCUGAAGAAGUCAUGAAGCAACUGGAGCAGGAGAUUGCAGAGCUGCAGAGAAGAGAUGCUGAGAUGGAGGAGCUUUCACACAGAGAUCCCAUUCAUUUCCUCUAGGUAACAGCACUGAGGUAUAAUCACAAUAAAGUAGCUCCUAAUUGAACAAAUUAGGUGAAAGUAAUUGAAAAUCACAAAUUUGGUGUGUAUCACAGUUUUGUCUAAUGUAAUGGAUCAUGUUGAGUCACAUCCCUGCUCUGUUAUCCAAGUUAAUCCAUAGUCUUCCAUAGUCUUCCUUUAUGUGGAGUCUUCAGUCUGUUUCAGCUGCAGAUUUACCCACCAUCACAUACACAUACAUACAUUCUCUAACUUUUGAGGAUGUAGUGAAGUCUGUGUCUAAACUGAAACAGAAACUAGAUGAAUACCUUAAAAAGGAGUUUUGGAGAAUAUUACAUGGAGGUAAGCUGUAUUAUUCUCUCUUAUUAUAUAUUAAAAUAGAUUUCUUUAUAAUAUAAUAAUUCAUUUAGCAUAAACGCUUGUUAGCCAUUUGCACAAGAAAAUGUACACCAAUAUUUACCAACAACGUAGUAAUACUAGUGUCAUAAUGACAUUAUUUUGAAAGUCAUAAUAAGAUUAUUAGAAAGUGCCAUAAAUCUCAUAUUUCCCACCAAAACCUGAAAUAUUGCAAUUUAACCACAUAUCAGUUUUUGAUAAUGAAUGGAAGAAUCCAAUGUGACAGACAUUUUAAACAGCUUUCUUACAUUACUCACACAUUAAAGCAGUUUAAUAAAGCUACAGUGUUUUUAAACAAUUUGACCAAAAUUGAAAAUUACAUAAUUUUCUUCUCAAACCAAAUGUAGUUUCAGUUUGCACUUAACUAACAUAGAUAAUGUUGCUAACACAUAAGAAAUGUUUAUAGCUAAUAGUUUAGCAUCAUGCAAAUGGCAUGACUAUAUUGUUAAUUUUCUGGAAAAAAAAAAUCAUGUUUGGCUGUAGGCCUCUGUGAUAUAAUAGUAUUAUUGUCACCAAUUAUAUUACCAGAUGUGCCAACUGUUACACAUUUUGCACAGGAGCUCAGCAAAAACAUUGGUGUACACUAAUGUUAAUGAGUAAAAGAUUGUUUGAGUGCACUGCAUUAUGGGUAUUGUAGUUUUGGAGUGGGGGUUGGGGCUCUGAGUGUGUGUGAGCAGCAGAGAGACAGUGUAUCCACAUUUUUUUACUUCUCUAGCCAGCAUACUGUUCUUUCGUUUUUGUCUGUGGAAGUAAAACCAACAAGAAUGAAUGCAACUUAUGUAGCAGCACUCUUCUAACUCAUCAUUGUGAUGGGAAAAGACCUGAAAAUAUAGAAAUUACCCCAGCGUAGCAGAAAGUUUAUCACGCUACAGCCCUAGAGCACUGUGAGAAUGGAGGCUCCCCAGAGCAGAAAACCUAACAGCAGUAUGAGUUUUCACUCAAAAUUAUGGCAAAAGAGGAGUCUUUUUUUCCCCAGUAAUAAGCCAAUCAACAAGUGAAUUGCACAUGUGUUUUGAACUCUGAUAUUAAUAGACACUUCCUGGAAGCCCUGCCCCCUUCCCCCAAUCUCAUUCCUCACUUUCUAUUACUGUAAAUGAAGAACAUUUUGAGUUUCUUAAUGUGAGGUAAAAUAUAUCAAUAUACAGUACUGUGCAAAAGUCUUAGGCACCCUAUUUUUUUAGUACAAACUUUGUUAUAGAUUUUUAUUUUAUGACUUCUACAUUAUUGAUUCAGUACAAAAACCAUUUUAGAAUUCCAAAUAUUAGUUUUCCAGCACAAAAUGAAAUGUUACAGAAAAAUGUUUGUACGUCAGUAAAGAAAGCAGCAGAUUCCAUAAGAGACACUUUUCAGAUAAAAACAUAAUGAAGGCUGCUGGGUUUCGCUGCAGAAAUAAGAAGCGAGUCGACAGUCAAAGUCUCCAGAAGAACUGUGGCUGCUUCUGCAAGAUGCUCAGUAACACUUCCAGCUCAUUUCCUUAUAAAACUGCACACACUGCACCUGAGACUACUAUUUUUUUUAAAGCGAAGGAUCGUCACACCAAAUAUUGACUUUGUUUCAUUUAUUACUGUUUACUGCUCUUUAUAGUAUUUUUUUAAUGUAGAAACAUUUAGUUUAAUUAUUUUUGAAGGCAUCUUUGCUCUACGGCAUUUCUAUGCAUGUGCCUAAGACUUUUGCACAGUACUGUAUGUUCAACUUAGACAUGCAUACUUAGACUAAAAUUAGACAAGUAUAUAUUUAACAUCAGUUUACUAUAUUUAUUAGUGAUGGCUCAGAAGAAUUUUGGCUUAAAAUGGUUAAAACUGCUCUUUUGGGUUUGGGCCAUAAGAGAAAAAGGACGAAGGGCAUUUGUGACACAAAAAGAUUAAAUAAGAUUAAAUAACAACACUGAGCAGCAUCAACAGUGAAAUUUUGGCUACGUGAACAUUAGACAAACUAUUUCUAAAAACUUAAAAAUCCACCAUCCAGCUGAUAAGAUUAUUAUGCCCUCUGUUAUGAUUCUUAAACUGGAAAUGCUGGAAAUGCUCAUUGGAAAAUAGGAAUUUGGAAAAUCAUGAUCAGGGAAAAAAAUCAAUAUCACGCAAACCUGUCAGUUUUAUUUGUAUAGCACUUUUAACAAUGGACUCCCUGAGAAAAACUCCCUUAGAAGACAUGAGGAAGAAAUUGUGAAAGCACCCAGACUCAAAAGGGAACCCACCCUCAUCUGGGUGACAUCAGAUAGUGCAUUUGUAAAUAAUUUCCCUUCUACAUAUAACUGUACUAUAUAACCUGGAACUUAUGAGCUUAUGAGCAACUUAUGAAUAUGAGCAUCAGAGUCAUUUCUGAAUUCGUUAUAGUUUUAACUUGAAGUCUAUUUUGUUGAAGGUAUCCACUGUUCAAUGAUGGAGACUUGAGUGUAAAACUGUUCGUAGCAAUUGCAGUCCUAAGGCUAUCAAAGGAAGAACAUUCACAGCCAUCUUUAUGGUUUCUAUGUGGUACCAUCCACAGUAAUCUCACUCAUCUUUAGUCUGUCCAUGUGUGGCCAUCCUCAGCAGCAGCAGGUGAUUUUCAGGUUAUGAGAACUCCAACUAGAAGUAGCGCAUCAGGAUGGAUCAGACAGGUCCGGAGAGAAGCAGGGGUCAGGAUCACUGGUUUCUAAGGAGUAGCAUGCGUAGCUUAACAGAGAGAGACAGGGAGACAGGGAGAGAGAGAGAAAAACAAUGAAGGUGCCUUGAGACAUAAAGCUGAGAGUCAUCAGCAUAAAAGUGGAAGCUAAUACCAUGUUUAUGAAUAAUUUUACCUAGAAGUAGCAUAUAUAAAGAAAAGAGCAGUGGGCCUAAAACAGAACCUUGCAGAACACCAAACUUUACCUUAGUACACAUAGAGAAAUUACCAUUUACAAGACCUGAGCCAGGAGAGGACUGUUCCCUUAACACCAACAUUUUCUAGUCUAUUAAGGAGAAUAGCAUGAUCAAUGGUAUCAAAAGCUGCACUAAGGUCGAGCAACACAAGCAAGGAGACACAAUUGUGAUCAGAGGACAGUAGUAGGUCAUUUACCACUUUAACCAGUGCUGUCUCUGUGCUAUGAUGAGGCCUAAAUCCUGACUGAUUUUAUUGAUGUUAUUCUUAUGUAGUUAUGAACAUAACUGCUGUGCUACAACAUUUUCUAGGUUCUUGGAGAUAAAGGGAAGGUCUAAUAUUGGCCUAUAGUUGGACAACUGAGAGGGAUUUUUGAGAGGGGUUUGAUAACUGCUAGUUUAAAAGAUUUAGGUACAAAGCCAAUGCUAAGGGAAAAAUUAAUUAUUUUUAGAAGAGGUUUGAUUGCUUCUGGAAUUAUCUGUUUGAAGAAACAUGUAGUUAAAAGAUCUAGGCUACAAGUUGAUGAUUUUGAUGAGGAAAUUAGUGAAAUUAGAUUGGUUUCUCAAAGGGGAGUAAAACAUUCUAAUCUCUGAUUGUCUGGUUUUAAAUUUAUAGUCUGAAUUUUUUUGCCUGAUAUUUUUGAAAAAAUUCAUUAAGUCAUUGCUGCUACAUAUUGAUGGUGUGCAUAUUUCUGUGGUGGUCUUAUUCCUAGUUAAUUUUUCUACAGUAUUAAAUACGAAUCUAGGAUUAUUUUUGUUAUCUUCUAUUAGGGUGGAGAGAUGCAUUAAUCUAGCAGCACUAAGAGAUUUUCUAUAGCUCAGGAGGCUUUCCUUCCAUGCUGUUUGAAAUACUACCAAAUUAGUUUGAUGCCAUUUACAUUCUAAUUUUCGAGUGGUCUGUUUUAAGGUGCGUGUGUGAUCAUUAGACCAGGGUGCUAGUUUUUUCUCUUUGAUUAUAUUUUGUUUAAGUUGAGCUACAUUAUCUAGCAUGUAGUGGAACAUUGACUCUAAGCAUUCAGUCACCUGAUCAAGUUCAGACUGCAGAAAUGUGACUAUAUUUUCUAUAUUUAAUCUGAAUGUUAGUAUUAACCUAUUAACCCACUAUGAGUGGGUCCAAUUACGUUCUGAUUAACCCCUACUGAAACUAGAAUGGACACAACCGCUGUUCUCAGAGGGUCUUCUGAGUUAUCAAAAUGAAUAUUAAAGUCUCCAACAGUUAAUGCGUUGUCUAAAGGAACAACCAGGUUUGAGAUAAAAUCUGCAAAUUCACAAAGGAAUUCAGAAAAUGGCCCUGGGGGUCUGUAAAUAACAAUUAGCAGAAUUGACUGGGCGGACUUAUUUUUUGUGGCUACAUAUGUUGGUAUAAAGAACUUCAAACACAUUGAAUUUAUGACUAGGUUUUUGUGUGAUGCCUAGAUUCUCCUUAUAAAUACCUGCAACACCUCCUCCUCUGCCAGUUAGACGAGGCUCAUGUAUAUAACUGUAUCCGGGAGGACUAACUUCAUUUAAUGCUACAUACUCAUUUGGUUUAAUCCACAUUUCUGUUAAACACAGUACAUUAAACACCUGAUCAUUAAUAGUUUCAUUAACAAUAAGCACUUUAGACAUAAGAGAUCUAAUAUUCAACAAUCCUAGCUUCAGAUCAAAGAUGCUGGCUGUGCAUUCAGUUUGAUUUAAUUUUAUGUUAAUUAGGUUACUAAAACAAACUUUAUGGGUAUUUCUACAUUUUUGUUUAGCUCAGGGAACAGACACAGUCUCAAUAUGUUGGAACCUGAGUGACGACUCGCAGCUAGCAGACGGCUACUGUAGGUCCUGGGACGGAGCUGUGUGAACACGGGUGGGAAUUGGGGUGGGUUCAAGGAGUGAAAAAAAAUAAUAAUGCAAAGAAGAAAAAGAAGAGAAGGAGAUUCUCCGUGGUGUGCAUGAUUCCCUUUAUUUAAAAGAAUACUGAUUUUAACAAACAGAUUGCAGCUUCUAAUUACUCAAGACAAUAAAACUUUGAAAGAAUCAAUAGUAAAACAAUAGUAAACACUAUCUUUUCCCAUCCCAGAUAUACAGUCUUAUUUGGAGUUGCUUGCGAGCACAAGUAGAAUGUGGCUGAAGCCUUUGAAUCGUGUCUGUGCGCUCUGAAUGAGCGCCAGUGCAGCCUAUGGAAGAGUUCUUGUGCCAUUGCUAAUUGAUUGGUGGUGAUUCUGUGGUAGGUGAAUGGCAAUGCAGCACAUUUGAGUCUUUUUUGUGAAUAACUGUUUUUGUUAAUAAAAAAACAGUUAAUAAUCAGUAUAAAAACAGAUUAGAACAUAGUCUACCCCCCAGGUACAGUAAUAAGUUGUGGUGCUAUCCGAGAAAGAGUAAAAGAGAGUUGGUUUGCCAGUUCUAAUGUCUAAAGCAUAGAUUCCAGGUCAGAGAUUUUCCUGCGAUGAGGUUUUUGUUGAAAAGAAGCAUAUGAUUUACAUAAUAACUCUGGAUGGCCUUUCUGUUUCAUCAUGUGCAGCAGUAAAAGACCUUGGUGUGAUUAUCGACUCUAGUCCUUCUUUUGAAGCUCAUGUAGAUAAUAUCACUAGGAUUGCUUUCUUUCAUCUCAGAAAUAUUGCUAAAAUAAGAAAUAUAUUGUCACUACACGAUGCAGGAAAAAUUAGUUCAUGCUUUUGUUACCUCUAGGUUGGAUUAUUGUAAUGCCUUACUGUCUGGAUGCUCCAGUAGAUGCAUAAACAAGCUCCAGUUAGUCCAGAAUGCAGCAGCAAGAAUCCUUACUAGAAUCAGAAGAUAUGACCACAUCACCCCUAUCUUAUCCACACUGCAUUGGCUCCCAAUCAAAUUUCGUAUUGAUUAUAAAAUACUACUAUUGACCUAUAAAGCACUAAAUGGUCUCGCGCCACAGUACCUGAGUGAACUUUUGGUCUUUUAUGAUCCACCACGCCUACUCAGAUCAAAAGGUGCAGGCUAUUUGUUGGUACCUCGAAUAGUGCUGGGGGUAGAGCUUUCUCUUACAAAGCCCCACAGUUAUGGAACAGCCUUCCACUUAGUGUUUGGGGCUCAGACACAGUCUCAGUGUUUAAGUCUAGGCUGAAAACAUAUUUGUUUAGUCAAGCCUUUAGUGAAUAGUUUUCUUAGGUAAAGGAGCAGGUCUGGAGGGUUCACAGGCAUAGAGUGUUGUGGUGAACUGGGAUGUUUGGAUGCUGUCGCCCCCCCACUCUCACGCGUUCACUCAGGUUUGUUGACGGUAGAGUGGCUGGCUGCCUUAUGUCCCAGGGUGCCCUCACGUCUGUGUUAGCUUCUGGCUCUCCCUUUUAGUUAAGCUGUCAUAGCUAGUCUUGCCGGAGUCCCUGCUUGCACGCAAAGUACAUUGUCCUUAACCAUUACAGGACAAAAGCUUACCUAACAAUCUCUCCCUCUCUCUCUCCAUCUCUCUCUCUCCCUCACUCUCUGUCGAGCUACACAUGCUACUUCUGAGAUGCCAGUGAUCCUGACCCCUUCUGCUCCUCCUCGCUGCCUGACCCAUCCUGAUGCACCUUCUGUUCCUCCUCGCUGCUUGACCCAUCCUGAUGCCCUACUUCUGGUUGGAGUUCUGAUCAGUUGAGUUUGCUCGCUGCUGUUGGGGGUGGCCCCAUAUGGACGGCCUGAAGAACCAUUUGUUUUGCUGGGGAUAGUCCCACCUGGGGGCUGUGGAGAUGGCUUGGGGAGCUGUACUGUAAUGGCUUGGGACUGCGAUUGCUGUAGUGGCUUUGGGGCUGCAGUUGCCACGAGCACCUUCGUACUCAGGACUCCAUCAGUGGACAGUGGAUAGAUUUUAACCAACCAGACUUCUUGCAAAAACUGUGAUGAAUUUAUUGGUUGCACAAUUGCACUAUUUGUCCAUAUAGUACACAAUAAUAGAAGGGAUUUAUUUAUAAUUGCACUAUCCGUUGUGCCCAGAUGAGGAUGGGUUCCCUUUUGAGCCUGGUUCCUCUCAAGGUUUCUUCCUCAUAUCAUCUCAGGGAGUUUUUCCUUGCCACCGUCGCCUCUGGCUUGCUCAUUAGGGAUAAAUUCACAGGGAUAAAUUCACAUAUUUACAAUAUAUCUUUUUUUUUGUGAAUCCAUUUAUUUCUGUAAAGCUGCUUUGUGACAAUGUCCAUUGUUAAAAGCGCUAUACAAAUAAAAUUGAAUUGAAUUGAAUAUGAUAUUAAAUUAUUCCUUAUAAAGCCCUUUGCCACUUCCAAGAGUAAUCGUGAGUCAUCUACUGAGCCAUGAUUAAUGUCAGUAAAUUCACAGAAUUUAGUUCUGAACUGAGCACAAAAGACUUUGUCUUGCAGUAAAUUUAGGAUUAGGACACCAUCUAGGGGCACGUGGGGAAAAAGUGAAAUUUUCAAGAAAUUGUUACUGUGACCAGAAAGAGUUAAGGGGCAAAUGUCAGCUUAAAGUAUCACUGAAGUCAGGGUAGAGGAAGCAAAAAUGUAGUCGAUCUGUGAAUAUGAUUUGUGUCUAGCUAAGAAAAAUGUAUGUAUGUAUGUAUGUGACUAUGUAUUGUCCGAGUUUAUCAGUGCAGAUAGUCUGUGAGUAUGAAACAUUAUCUCCAGACCUGUCUAGAUUGCUGGACAUUGUGGGCAUUCAUAUAUCUGCUCAAAGUCUGUUAAAUCAAUGAGAUAGGCUGAUAACGCAGAGAAAAAAAGUUGGAUCUGGACUACAUGGUGCAUAGAUUGAAAGAAAGGCUACCUUCCUAUUCCCAAUCAGAGUCUUUAUAUAGGUUAUUCUGCCUAGGUUAUUCCUUCUUACUAUUAUUAAGACACCUUUAGUUUUGUUAUCGGUAGCAGCGUAAGAGACCACCUCAUAAAAUUUAUUAUUGCAUCUGUAGACAUAUACAUUUCGUAAAUGAGAUUCCUGGAUUAGAUCGACGUCUAUCUUUCUUCUUCAUAAUUAUUCCAAAAAACUUGUACAUUUUUGGGGGCUGAUUAAACCAUUUAUAUUACAACUUAGUAUAUUCACUUCAGUCAUAGGUAUCAAGCAAAUAAAUAGCUUGAAGCAAUGAGUCAAAGUUCCUUAUAUAUUUGUACAUCUUGUCAUUUGCACUGAGCUGGUCUCCAAUUUCUCUACCUCAUACCUUGCACAUUAUAUAUUUAUGUAUAUACUAUACGCUUUUAUACACACACACACACACACACACACACACACACACACACACACACACACACACACACAGUCAGGUCCGGAAGUAUUUCAACAAUGACGGAGUUUUUGUGAUUUUGCCACAAUGGAUUUGAAAUAAAACAAUCAAGAUGUAAUCGAAGUGUAGACUUUCAGCUUUUACCAUUUAGGAAUUGCAGCCAUUUUAAGCAAAGUACUCAAAAGGUAUUUGGACAAUUGACUGACAAGAGGUUAAUUGACCAGGUGUGGUCCAUUCUCUCGUUACUUCAAUACAAAUGAAGCAGAUAAAAGGUCUGGAGUUGAUAUCAGGUAAUGAGUUACCUGAUAUAUAGCUGUUCGACUGGAGCUACCAAUAUGAAGUCCAAGGAGAUCUCAAUGCAAGUGAAGGAGGCCAUCAUUAGGCUGAAAAAACAACAUAAAUCUAUAAGAGAGAUAGCAAAACUCUAGGUGUGGCCAAAUUAACAGUUGGGUACCAUCUUAAAAAGAAAGAAAGCACUGGUGAGCUCAACGACAUUGAAAGGCCUGGAAGACCACAGAAGACAACUAAAGUUGUGGAUUGCAGAAUCCUUUCCUUGGUGAAGAAAAACCCCUUCACAACAUCAACAGAAGUCAAGAAUACUCUGGAGAAGGUAGGCGUAUCAAAAUCUACAAUCAAGAGACGCCUUCAUGAAUGUAAAUACAGAGGGUUUACAACAAGGUGCAAACCACUGGUAACAUUCAAGAACAGGAAAGCCAGAUUAGACUUUGCCAGAAAACAUCUAAAAAAGCCUCCCAUGUUCUGGAAUAAGAUUCUUUGGACUGAUGAAACCAAGAUUAACUUGUACCAGAAUGAUGGGAAGAGAAAAGUAUGGCAAAAGAAAAGAAUAGCUCAUGAUUCAAAGUAUACCACAUCAUGUGCCAAACAUGGUGGAGGAGGUGUUAUGGCAUGGGCAUGUAUGGCUGCCAAUGGAACGGGCUCACUGGUGUUUAUUGAUGAUGUGACUGCUGACAGAAGUAGCAAGAUGAAUUCUGAGGUGUAUAGGGCUAUAGUCUCUGCUCACAUUCAGCCAAAUGCUACAAAACUGAUAGGACGCCGCUUCACAGUGCAGGUGGAUAAUGACCCUAAACAUACUGCAAAAGCAACUCAAGACUUUUUGAAGGCAAAGAAAUGGAAUAUUCUUCAAUGGCCAAGUCAGUCGCCUGAUCUCAACCCAGUAGAGCAUGCUUUUCACUUACUGUUGUUUUGACAAGACAAGACUGAUGGGAUAAUGUUUGUGGUCGAACUUAUUAGAGAUGUGCUCACAUCUCCCACCCAACGUAGUAAUGCCAUAACAUCAGAAAUGAAAGUGAUUACAACACUGAGGUAUUUGGCAACUGGAAAAAUGCAACAGUGCAGUAGUGAUGACUUGUGUCUGUCACAGCCUUCCAUCAGCAGAGUGAUCGCACAAACUCUUGAAGUGCUUUCACAGUCUCAUAUAGUGACACAGUUCAUUUCAUUUCCACUGGAAAUUCACACUCUGCAGGCUCACAAAAGGGCAUUCAUGGACAUAGAGGGAUUCCCCAGUGUUGUUGGUGUGAUUGAUGGGACGCACAUCUGCAUAAUCGCACCAUUGGAAAAUGAAGACGUUUUUGUCAACAGAAAGAGGUACCACAGCAUCAGUGUGCAACUU